CUGGAGGCUGCGGAAGGUAUGUUAAACUAACAUCUUUUUACUUCUCAUAACCAACUAAUUUCCAGGCGCCGCUCUUGCUGCCAUAUGUUAUGCUCAACGCGGAAGAAAGAAGUGAGUAUUUUACGUUUCAGAAAGAGAAAGUUUUCAAUAAAUCUGCAGAAAUCUUUAAAUUUUGCGAAAAAAAUUUUUUUCAACUGCGUUUUUCAUUCACAGGAAUUUGCGAACAGAGUGGAAACCAGUUGAAGCGGGAAACCAGCCUGAUUCGGGUACAGAACUGGCUGGAACCAGUAGGGUUUCAUUGGAUUCCAACUGGUAUUGCAGGUGUUGCUGGUUUCCAAUCUGUUCGCAAAUGCCUGUGUUAAUUUUAUUCAAACUCAGGAAAUCGAAAGCGUGCUACGCCGCGUUUAGGGGCUUUUCGCGUUCACGCUGCGCACAGAACUCGCGAAAUAAGCGAUAUCUGAGCACCGCGUGAACGCCAAAAGCCCCUAAACGCGGCUUAGCUUUCGAUUUCCCGAGAAGACAUUUGUUUUUUGGGUUUCUCUCGCGCGUUUCCAACUUCAACGUUCAAAGUAAUUUUCUUUCAGCCAGCCGGUCGCGGAGGUAUCCGAAAUGAAGAGGCGACGAAUCUGGAAUGAGGAUGCAACAAACCGCUCGCGCUUUUGGAAGAUGAUGUAAGUUUUUUUUAACUCAAAGAUAACUUUAAAAGCCAAGAAACCGCUUUGAAAUUGUUCAAUUGUACAAUGCCUGGAGAACAUGCCCUAUAACCACAUUUCCUGUAAAUGUUUACUUACAACCCUGGAUUUUAGUGGUGGUUAUAGGUCAUGUUCUCCGAGUAUUGUACAUAACUUGAAAAAAAAUUAAUUGUAAGCUAUUUAACUUUAUUCUAAUUCUCUGACUUACUUCUGAUAAAUAUUGGGCCAAAAAUUAAUAAGCUAUUAUUUUUUAUUUUUAGAUGCUUGAAUUCAAAAUAAAUCCAAAAACAACGCGAAAAAGUCAAAAUUUUCCAAAUAACGAUUUAUUUAGGUGCCAACUCAAUCGGCAACAAUUACGAUACUGGACCAUCCAACAUCUCGGUAAUUUUAAUUUUGUGUAUUGUUUAUUUUUUCAAUAA